ACACUAUGAUCCAAUACGCUCGCUCCUUCACGCAUCGUCUCCUCCUAAACCUCCCUCCUUUGUUUAUAUCAAAUUCAAAGUUUCCUUCCCAUACAGGGAUUUUCACGCCUAUAAAACAAAGCAAACCUAACUGGUUUCGAUCUCGCUCUCUCACGGCAACAACGAUGGGCUCUCUCUCCGCUGCUCUGGAAUUGCCGUUGCAGUAUCCUGUCGCGAGGCGAGACGAGUCCGUCGUCGAUGAUUAUCAUGGCGUUAAAGUCGCCGAUCCGUACAGAUGGCUGGAAGAUCCUGACGCCGAGGAAACGAAGGAGUUUGUGGCGAAGCAGGUAGAAUUGACGGAAUCGGUGUUGAAGACCUGCGAUACGAGAGAGAAGCUUAACGAGAAGAUCAAGAAGUUUUUCGAUCAUCCUCGCCACACUGCGCCAUUCAAGCAAGGUGAUAAGUACUUUUAUUUCCACAAUACUGGAUUGCAAGCUCAGAGCGUCCUUUACGUGCAGGAUAGUCUGGAUGGACAACCUGAGGUCCUGCUUGAUCCCAACGGCCUAAGUGAGGACGGAACGGUGGCCUUAAGCACACUUUCUGUGAGUGAGGAUGCGAAGUACUUGGCUUACGCACUUAGUUCUAGCGGGAGUGAUUGGACCACGAUUAAAGUUAUGCAGAUAGAGGAUAAGAGAGUCAGGGAGGAUACAUUAUCAUGGGUUAAGUUCUCUGAUAUUAGCUGGACCCAUGAUAGCAUAGGAUUUUUCUACAGCCGAUACCCGGUACCAAAGGAGGGAGAAAAUGUAGAUGCCGGGACAGAGACCAACUCUAACCUUGAUCAUGAACUAUACUACCAUUUCUUGGGGACGGAUCAAUCUGAAGAUAUUUUAUGCUGGAGAGAUUCUGAAAAUCCCAAGUACAUGUUUUCAGCUGAUGUCACAGAGGAUGGGAAGUAUCUUCUCCUAUAUAUUUCAGAAAGUUGUGACCCGGUCAACAAAUUAUAUUACUGUGACAUGACUACACUUCCUAACGGCCUUGAAGGUUUCAAGGGAGCUAAAGACCUGCUCCCAUUCGUGAAGCUCAUUGAUAGCUUUGAUGCAAAGUAUAACGCCAUUGCAAAUGAUGACACUUCUUUUACUUUCUUGACUAAUAAGAAUGCCCCCAAGUACAAAGUAGUUCAAGUAGACUUGAAAGAACCCGAUAGUUGGGUUGAUGUAAUCCCAGAGGCGGAAAAAGAUGUGCUUGAAUCAGCAAGUGCCGUUAAUGGUAACCAAAUGAUUGUAAGUUACUUGAGUGAUGCGAAGUAUGUUCUGCAGGUAAGGGAUUUAGAAAUAGGGUCUCUGCUGCAUCAAUUACCAAUUGACAUUGGCACAGUUUCUGAGAUUUCCGCAAGGCGAAAAGAUAGUGUGGUGUUUAUUGGGUUUACCAGCUUUCUUACUCCUGGUAUUAUCUAUCAAUGCAACUUAGAUGCUGAGGUUCCUGAUAUGAAGAUAUUUAGGGAAAUUAUUGUACCUGGAUUUGAUCGUUCAGAGUUUCAAGUUGAUCAGGUAUUCGUAUCUGGUAAGGAUGGUACAAAGAUACCAAUGUUCAUAGUUUCUGGGAAGAACAUAUCUUUGGACGGAUCACACCCUUGCUUGUUAUAUGGCUAUGGUGGAUUUAACAUUAGUCUUACACCGUCCUUCAGCAUCAGUCGUAUAAUCCUCACAAGAUAUCUAGGAGUAGUUUAUUGUAUUGCAAACAUUCGUGGAGGUGGAGAGUACGGGGAAGAAUGGCAUAAAGCAGGAUCACUUGCAAAAAAGCAGAAUUGCUUUGAUGACUUCAUUUCUGCAGCUGAAUAUCUAAUAUCUGCGGGUUUUACCCAGCCCAGAAAGUUGUCCAUUGAAGGUGGAAGCAAUGGUGGACUUCUCAUCGGAGCUUGCAUAAAUCAGAGACCUGAUCUUUUUGGUUGUGCUCUGGCUCAUGUUGGCGUAAUGGAUAUGUUGCGUUUCCACAAGUUUACCAUUGGCCACGCUUGGACAUCUGACUUUGGUUGUUCAGACAAGGAGGAGGAGUUCCAUUGGCUGAUCAAGUACUCACCGUUACAUAACGUCGGUAGACCAUGGGAACAGCAUCAUUCCAAUCAACCUAUUCAGUAUCCACCAACCAUGCUAUUGACUGCUGAUCAUGAUGAUCGUGUCGUGCCAUUACAUUCAUUGAAGUUAUUGGCGACGAUGCAAUAUGUUUUAUGCACAAGCUUGGAGAAUAGCCCUCAGACCAACCCAAUUAUAGGCCGCAUAGAGUGCAAGUCAGGACAUGGGGCUGGCCGUCCAACGCAAAAAUUGAUUGAUGAAGCUGCUGAUCGGUAUAGCUUCAUGGCAAAGAUGUUGGAUGCCUCUUGGAAUGAGUAGCUGUCACUGUAUAUGGGAGGACAUGAAUAAUUCUUGGAUUGCUUCCUUUUUUCUUAUCUUCAACCUAGUCGCACGCCAAAAAUAGGAAGUGGUUGAAAAUACGUGCCAAAGUAUGCUAGUGGCAUAAAUAGCUUAUGUUUCGUGUUAUGUGUAUUUAUUUACUCCAAAUAACUAUAAAUUAUUUAAGAUUAAUAUGGUUUAUGAGUUC